AUGGAUAAUGACGAGGACAGUUAUAAAAUUACAGGCGAUGCUCGACCAAUUAAAGAACGAGACUAUCAAGUUCAACCAAUUCUUAUUGCUUCCGGAAAUUCAACAAACAUUAUGUGUUUAUUACGAUUCAUG